AUGAAGUCGUGGGGCGAAGCGCUAGUGCGGAAUGCGUCCGCUCAUUUCAUGCGCGUGGGCAGGCUCCGGCGGGCGAUGUGUCUUCUCGCUGUGGUCGCUUGUACCGGGGUGGCGCUACUCUAUUGGCGGCAACAGACUGCCGAUCAGGCGAACAGACCAAUACACAGUCUUUACUCGGGUAUUGAGCCGCAAUGGUCCUGGUCUCUAGCGACGUGUAACAUGCUGUGCGCGUCCACGCAACUGUGGCCGCAACCCACGGGUCCAGUCAGCUUGGCGACUGCCGCAGUACCCGUCAGAGCUGAUUCGAUCACCCUACAAAUACGAUCCUCACCCUCGCGUGAAGUCUCCAAUUACCUAACCGGUGCCUUUUCACUAUUCAUCAAAGACUUGAAAGCGUUAGAGAGGAAUGGGAAUACAGAAAGUCGAAGAAACGACAUUGGUAACACCAGAGACGUUGUAGUUCGUGUUGCUGUCAAUGGCUCCGUCGAUCCGCGACUACUUCUCAGUACUAACGAGAGUUAUAAGCUGACCAUGCGUCCUUCUGACAACGUCCUCUAUGUUGACAUCACCGCGUACUCUUUUUGUGGUGCUAGACACGGUUACGAAACCCUCUCACAGUUGAUAUGGAUAGACCCAUACGCAGGUUCACUUUUAGCUCUUGAAGCUGCGAGUAUUGAGGAUUCACCAAAAUUCAAAUUCCGUGGUCUCUUGCUGGAUACGGCUCGCAAUUUCUUCCCUGUCAACGAAAUUAUUCGGACAAUUGACGCUAUGGCUGCUAAUAAAUUGAACACGUUCCACUGGCAUAUCAGUGAUUCACAAUCGUUUCCUUUAAAACUUAACAGUGUUCCUCAAUUAACACAACAUGGCGCAUAUGGCCCUGGUGCUAUUUAUACAUCUGACGAUGUCCGAAAUGUAGUGAAAAGAGCUAAGCUACGUGGUAUUAGGGUGCUCAUAGAAGUGGAUACUCCAGCCCAUGUGGGACGUGCCUGGUCAUGGGGACCAGCGGCAGGGUUUGGACCUCUAGCGCAUUGCGUAGAAGUUGAACCUUGGAGUGCGUACUGCGGUGAACCACCAUGCGGCCAACUCAAUCCCAAAAACCCUCACGUCUAUAAUAUCCUAGAAAAAGUAUACUCUGAAAUCAUUCAGUUGACUGGUGUUGAUGACAUAUUCCACCUCGGUGGUGAUGAAGUCUCUGAACGAUGCUGGACGCAGCACUUCAACGAUACGGAUCCAAUGGAUCUGUGGCUUGAGUUUACAAACCGAGCUAUGACGUCGUUGCAACGAGCUAAUGGGGGUAAAUUACCAGAAGUUACUUUAUUGUGGUCGUCACGGCUGACUCGGUCCCCAUACCUAGAAAGAUUGGAUAAGAAACGGUUUGCUAUUCAAAUUUGGGGAGCCUCGCGGUGGCCAGAAUCCCGAGCGGUUUUAGAUUCUGGCUUUAGAUCGAUACUCUCGCACGUCGAUGCGUGGUAUUUAGAUUGUGGGUUUGGUUCCUGGAGAGAUAGCUCCGAUGGCCAUUGCGGGCCAUAUAGGUCGUGGCAGCAAAUUUACGAGCACAGACCCUGGAUAGAAGAAAUGAUAGGCAUGGCCACUGGGGCAGAACCCUGGCGAAUCGAUGGCGGAGAAGUGUGUCUUUGGACAGAACAGUCCGGUCCGGGUGGAGUCGACGCUCGUCUGUGGCCAAGGUCAGCUGCAGUCGCUGAAAGACUAUGGUCUGAUAGACCAGAAGGUGCAACUGCUGAUGUUUAUCUUAGACUAGAUACUCAACGCUCAAGGCUGCUAGCCAAAGGAGUGGAGGCCAUGCCUCUAUGGCCGAGGUGGUGCACGCACAAUCCUAACGCUUGCCUGUAA